AUUGCGGGCGCUGCUGCCGCGUUAGACCCAUACGACUCGUCGUUUCGCAGCGAGACAGCAUCUACAGACCCCUUAGCAACGCCUGCCGACGCAGUUCCAGCGGUGCGGCCGAUAGCGGCUCAGGAGAGCAGUGGUGGUUCCCACAGUGGUUCCCACAGCAGCGCGAUGCGCGGCGCCGCAGCGAUGCGUGUCCUAUUGCUCGUCGCCGUAACGCUAGCUUAUGAUUUCAACGAUCCCGACGCGCCGCACACGUCCAUGGCCAUCCGGUUUGACGGCGAAGGGAGAAGGGCCGACUCGCGGCGCGCGUUCGAGGCCGCAGCUAGAUUUACACCGACGACCUCGACCCUCGUCAACUUGGGCGUGUGCUACAUGCGCAUGGCGAGCGCGUCUGCUCAUCGAGCGCGCAAGGUCGAGCUGUAUGGACUUUCAAGAGACGCGAUGCGGAGAGGUGGAGAAUUGGUCCAGGACGACGAGGACCAGCGAUUAUAUGGAGAGAACUGGGGCCACCUCAUGACGAACUUUGAGAUUGAGCACGUGCCUUUUGACCAAGAAGAGGUCUUAGAGGCGGACCCGCAGAUGUGCGGGGCACCACCGCCGGCACAUGAUGAUUCUUGGCUCAAGCGUAAUGACGGUUCCGAUAGGGACGGUUUACUGUUACAUCGCGUGCCCGUGGAACCUGGUAUUGAUUUACCUAGAAUCCACGUGAACGAUCUUGAUCAGUACCAACACUUUCUGGAACGAAGAGACCCGUUCAUCCUACUAGGAGCAGCUGAUUGGCCGAUCGUAGAGAAGGCGAAGGACGGCUGGUCAUGGUUAGAAGAACUCGCACGAAGGUGGCCUAAGGCAGUGACGGACUUCUACCCGCACAACAUGCUCAGUCAUAGCAGGCAGUCGCCGUAUUUAACUCGAUUAUCAACAGCGGUCGAGGAGUUGAAAGUAGAUCCAAGGACCCAGGAGUCGAAGUUUAGGUAUGAGACCAAAGGUGGGGCUUUGGAAGGGAGGUACAUGCACCUUCAGUUAACACCGGCGCAGUGGCUCGAGCUUGAGAAAAGCGACAUACCUGUCGAGAGACAUGUUCACCUCGAGAACGACGCCUGGCUACGAUCAUGCUUAGGAUACCCCGACGACGCCGUAGCAGCCGAGUACCACCUGAAGACGCACUGGAAGAUAUUGCUCGUGGGAGCGAGAGGUGCGGGCAUGUUCAACCACUCGGACAGUCUACAGACGUCGUCGUGGCACCUGACGGUAUCCGGUAGGAAGUGGUGGUAUGUCUGUGGUACGUUAUCGAACGAGUCUUCGUCGAAAUGCUUCGAGGGUGUUGUAGGGCCGGGCGAGGUGCUCUACUAUGGGCGGGGCUGGUCGCACGAAACGCAGAACGUCGAUUCGCCCACCAUCACCUUGACGGAUACCGCUGUUCAUUCUCGCAAUUAUGCGGCUGUCGCUGAUAAACUCUACGGAGAAUGUACCCGAGAGGUCCUCGACUUUAAAUUUUCUGGUGCUUUAUGUGAUGCGCUCGACACGUGUUACGGUGCGCUUUAUGAGUUGUAUGGCGGCGACGAGCCUUAUAGUAUCUAUAGACCGUGGCGCGACGUGGCUUCCCAAGAAUUGAUCGAGAAGCGCGACCGGGUCUCGCCGCUGGACAACAACUACGACGGGCGGAACUACAUCACGGAGUAGUUUGUGUGUAAGUGACCUUGUGUUCUA